UUGCGGAAUAUGGACUAGUCUGUCGUUUAGGGUACCAGAUGAACAUCAUAGCGCAUGACCACACGGAAAAGGAAGUACCGGUAAACAACAUGGCCGACUCAGUGACAGGCCUUCCGACCCAGGCUUCGGAGCUGGUGUGUCAGGGGGUUCUAGAUGUCACCACACACACAUUCACACAACCAGAGAAGGCCAUCAAGGGUGUUGAAGACAUACCUAAGUGGGAGAAGUCACAGGCCUACGGUGACCUGACAGGCUUUAUCCUGACCCUGAACGAGGCAGUUAAGGGCAAGAAGAUAUCUGACACAUAUCCCGUCUCCGAGGUGGUACAACACUUAAAAAUUGAGGGUGUUGUUGACACACUGUCAGGCUGGGUAGAUGAGAUCCCUGUCGACCAGCAGCAGAGGUUCGGCAAUAAGGCAUUCAGGGACUUCUUCACUCGGCUGCAGCAGAACUCAGCUGGGCUGUUGACUGAAUGUCUCGGGGAGAAGUACACGCCAGCCAUAGAUGAGCUCAGUGUCUACUUACUGGAGAGUGUGGGCAACUCCACCAGAAUAGACUAUGGUACAGGUCAUGAGUUAAAUUUUGUAGCUUUCUUGUGCUGCCUGUAUAAGAUAGGCGUGCUGACAACGGAAGACUAUGUAGCAACUGUUCUCCGGGUGUUUGAGAGGUAUAUGGAGUUUGUACGCAAGUUACAGAAGACCUAUCGCAUGGAGCCAGCAGGGAGCCAUGGUGUGUGGAGCCUGGAUGACUACCAGUUCAUACCAUUUAUAUGGGGAAGUUCCCAGUUGCUAGGUCACCCCAGGAUCCAGCCCAAGUCCUUCCCCAAGCCAGAAAUUAGUGAACACUUUUGUAAAGACUUCAUGUUUCUAGGAUGUAUCAAGUACAUCAAUGAGGUAAAGACGGGACCAUUUCCUGAACAUUCAAACCAGCUGUGGAACAUCAGUGGUGUAGGCAAGUGGGACAAAGUCAACUCGGGACUAGUAAAGAUGUACAAGGCAGAGGUGCUGGCAAAGUUUCCUGUAAUUCAACACUUCAUGUUCGGGAGCUUGUUAACGCUUCAACCUGUGAAAUGAUGUCAUAUCCAGCUGUCAUGAAAUAUAAUGGUUUCCAUGGAGACAUGAGACUCUUACAAGCAAUGAGUGUGGAUGACACACUAUAUAUCACGGAUAUAUCAAUAUCAUCCCUGUGAUCAGGACAACUGACAUGGUUGAGAGAGAAAUGGUUCAUGAUCAGUAAGAGUUACCUCCCUUCAACUGUGACAAGAUCAGUGCAAACCCGCUCUAUAUGAGGUAAAAUGGACCAGAAAACAGCAAAUUUUCUUGCUAUAAUUCUAUAAAUGAUCAGGAAUAACCACAUACUGUCUGAUUUAAUAUUUGAAUGAAAUUAUAUUUUAGAUGAACAUUUCAUCAUGUUUUGAAAUGGAUUUGAUAUAUAUAUGAUGAGGGGUUGUCUCAUUAAAAUGUUUUAGUAUGAAUAUAAAUGUCUCUGAGUUAAACCUGAUGCCUGUAUUGAUA